GGAAAGCUGCUUCCGUUCGCAGAGCUUACGACGAUCAGAGUAGUUUCUUUCUUACCGUUAGCCGUUUUGUAUCCUAUAUGUUAAUGAAAAAGCAAACUAACAUUUAAUAAACUGCAUUAUUUUUUAAGGUGUUUGUAAAUAUUUUUAAACAUGGACAAAAGGGGGGCAAAGGGAAUGCGACCCAGAGAGCUUCCGCCUCGUCCUCAGCGAGGGCAGCGUAGGCUCCCUCCAAUGCCCAGCCAAGACACAGCUGCUGCAAGACAAAGGAAGAAGAAAGUAAAAAAAGAGAGUGGAGUUGAAGAUGUGGAUGAUCAGAAGAUGGAGAUGGGAGGACUGGGCAGCAAGAGGACAGCUGAGGUCGUAGGGCCAUUUUCCCAUAAACCCACAGCUGAAGCCGCUCAACAGAGAAAGAAGAAGAAAAAGAAAACUGCUACAAUUGACCUAGAAGAUGACCAGGCUGAUCUGGUGAACGGAGAUGCUGCAGAGCAGGUGACUGAUGGUGAAGAAGUGGCCAAAAAACCUGCAAGGAAAAAGAAAGCAAUGGUUGUUGAGUCACGGCUUCCUCGGGGAGAUUUCGAAGGCAUUGAAGAGGGUGACAUCAUCACUGACCCCCCUCCUCCCAUCUCCCAUCAUUCCCUGUUCUCAGCCCCACAUGGUCAAAGCCAGUCUGUGGGAAAGGUCUUUAUAGAGACGAGCAAGCGUUUUCAGGCAGUGGAACGCACAGAGUGGAGGACGACCAGUGAGGGGAUGGACAACACCACAGAUUUUCAGCACAUGCAGUCGCUGAGGAGUACCAGAGACAUUUCUGUCAGUGUGCACAGAGGGUUCAGAGAGUUUGGUCUCAUCUGUCAGGGCUUCCUGGCAGGUUUUGCCAUGUGGAAUACAGUGGUCUUGUAUUUAUGGGCCGGGAAGAACUUCAGUGCCCUCACCAACCUGUUGGAACAGUACCACACCCUCGCUUACCCUUACCAGUCCCUGCUCUACAUGCUUCUGGCCAUCAGCACUGUGGCUGCCUUUGACAGAGUGAAUCUGGCCAAAGGUUUUGUAGCUUUGCGGAUGUUCCUCACACUCCAUCCUCUCGCUCUUGCUGUGUUCUUUUAUUUCUCCUCUCUGGUUCUCUGCUUGAGCCAGCAGAUGACAGCAGAUCGCAUUUGGCUGUAUCCAUCUUUUAAUUCAUCCCAAAUAUGGACGUCAGGCUCAGAGCAUCUGAUCCUUCAUCCAUGGGUGACUGUCAACCUGGUUGUGGCGCUGCUUGUUGGUCUGGCCUGGAUCUUGACUGCCACACGGCCUGAGAAUGACUACACUGAGAUUAACUUGAUGACCAUGGAGAUCGAUCCGCCCAAAUUAACGGACAAAUCUGAAAUGACCGCCUGAGAGAAGACACUGUCUUUGUGCUGACGCCACAACUCUGUCGUCGAUUUGCACUGAGAUUUGCACUGUAUUUUUUAUAUAUAUUUUGUAUAGAAUUUGUAUUUGUCUGUUCACUGUACUUUUUUCUGAUUGAAGCAGCCAUGAUUCAAGCUCCAUAAAGUUGUAUAGAUUAACUUUGUAGGGUUAAUUCUACAUUUUAAUUACUAAUUAAUGGCUUGUAAGUGAUAGAUAAUGAGUAACUGAACAAAUGACAACAGAAAUUGAUCUAAGAAUACAUCCAGUGUGAAAAUGUAUUGAAAAUAUCAACUAGUGAGAAUCAUCGUCAUUGAAAAGAAAAGGGUGAUCUGUUUAGAAGCUUCUUCACAUGAAUUGUCUAUCAUUAUUUAUUAUGUUGACAAUAAUAAAGGUAAUAAAUACAAAUAGUGGCCCAAAUGUAAUUGCUACAUAACUAAUAAUAUUUUAAAAGAAGUCAGAGUCAGGGUUUUUUCAGUAACAUGGAAGAGAUUGAUAACUUUGUGUACAAUUAGAGUAAUAUUACGUUUUCCAAGUAUAGUAAACUAAACAAAAGAAUUGAAAGAAAAAUGCCAAAAUGUGUAAAAAAAAUUAUUUAAAGUGUUUAGUUUUUACACAAUGUAAGAAAAAUAAAAAUAUUUUUAUGUGA